GCGCUGUCUGACGGGGCGAGCCGAGAGGGACGGAGUGGAGCCGCGCCGAGCGGAGCCGCCGGGCCGCCCCUCCCAUGCGCCUGCCGAGCAUGUCCCAGCCCUUCCUGCUGGCGCCUAUCGCUGAGUGCGCGCCGGGGCUGCCCGGCCCCCAGGUCCGGCUGGCAGUACUGGGUGCCCGCGGAGUUGGCAAGAGCGCGAUGAUCGUGCGGUUCCUGACGAAGCGCUUCAUCGGGGACUACGAGCCCAACACAGGCAGCCUCUACUCCCGGCUGGUCCGUCUGGAGGGUGACCACGUUGCCGUGCAGAUCCAGGACACGCCGGGGUGCAUCCAGGUGCAGGAGGACUGUGUGCAGGUGCUGGACGCCCUGUCCCGGUGCGUGAAAUGGGCAGAGGGCUUCCUCCUGGUCUACUCCAUCACAGACUACAGCAGCUACCAGGUAGUCCGGCCGCUCUACCAGCACAUACGCAAGGUCCACCCAGACGCCAGGACCCCCAUUAUUAUCGUGGGGAACAAAGCUGACCUCCUCCACGCCCGGCAAGUGCAGGCAAAGGAGGGACUACAGCUGGCGAAUGAACUGGGCAGCCUGUUCUUGGAGAUCUCCACAAGUGACGACUCCCAGGGCGUCUGUGAUGUGUUCCAGUACCUGUGCAAGGAGCUCAGCAAACUGCAGCAUGCUGGCAGCACAGACAGGAGGCGGGUGUCCAUCAUCCCUCGGCCCAAAUCUCCCAAUAUGCAAGAUAUAAAGAGACGUUUCAAACAGGCUUUAUCUUCCAAAGUCAAAUAAACCGCUGUGAUGAGAUCCUGUGUGAUCCAGUAGACCUUAUUUUUGUAAACUAGUUAAUAAAAAAUCUUUAUUUUUGUACUAACA